AUGUCAGUCCUGGAACCACCAUCGCCCAGCGAGCGCAAUGCUCCUACUCAGCCUCCUGAUCGGAAGAUAUUAGUUGGAUCAAGCAUGGGAGGGUGGCUUAUGCUUGUUGCUACUAUUGCUCGGCCAGAGAAGAUUGCAGCUCUUGUUGGCGUUGCCCCUGCUGCAGACCAUUUUGUUACAGGAUUUAACCAGCUUCCACUAGAGGAAAAGAAAGCAGCUGAGGAGAAAGGUGAAUGGAAACUUACCUCAAAAUACAGUGAAGAAGGCUUUUAUACUUUACCGUAUUCUUUUAUCAAAGAAGCUGAAAACCACUGCUUGUUAAAUAGCCCAAUACCCAUAACUUCUCCUAUCCGACUCAUUCACGGUAUGAAAGAUGAAGAGGUGCCAUGGCAUGUGUCCAUGCAGAUUGCAGACCGGGUACUCAGCACUGAUGUAGAUGUCAUUCUCCGCAAACAUGGCCUGCAUCGGAUGAGUGAAAAAGAUGACAUGAAACUCCUCGUGUACACGAUUGAUGAUUUAAUUGAUAAACUCACCACUUUAGGGUAACCGCCAAUAAUCCGCAGAUUACCAGACAGCUUUCCCUACAUGCGGGGCUCCGUUUGAGCACAGCAUAGUAGAUGACU